UCAAGUGGAUUUGAUAAGUUGAAAUCCGAGUAGAGACAGAAGAACAGGUUUAGAAGAAGAAGAUAGCAGGAGAGGAGGGGGGUAGUUAGUUUUAGAGAGAAAAAAAAAGAAGAAGAAAGAUGGGGUUUCUUCUUCUGUGUUGACCUAAAUUUAUCAAACUCAAACAAGAUUUUUUCAGGUGUUGUUGUUUUUGAGCUCAAUUAUUGUUCUUAGCUGUGAACUGGGUGUUAAUUUAAGUUAGACCAUCAUGAUUCAUGUAUUUAAAGGUGUGUGAUCAAAAUAGUAAAUCUUAGUGGAGGAUUGUUGAUGUGAAAUACCUGAAGGAGAUUUCAUUCUCUUAGUGGAGUUAUCAGGCUGUUAUCAAUUUUCUGGGAUACAUGUCGUUCCGUAGCAUCAUUCGUGAUGUCAGAGAUGGCUUUGGUAGCCUAUCGAGACGAAGCUUUGAUUUGAGACUUCAUACUGGCAAAUCUCAUAGUGCUGUCCACGAGUUACAUGACCAGCCUCCAGUAAUUCAACCUAGUUGUUGGGCUAGCCUUCCUCCAGAGUUGCUUCGUGAUGUUAUAAAAAGGUUGGAGGAGAGCGAAAGUACGUGGCCUUCUCGAAAACACGUCGUUGCUUGUGCUGCAGUUUGCAAGUCCUGGAGAGAGAUGUGCUUAGAAAUUGUCAAGUGUCCAGAGCUAUGUGGAAAACUUACCUUUCCUGUGUCGUUAAAGCAGCCAGGACCUCGUGAAGGGAAUACUACUGUACAGUGCUUCAUCAAGAGGGAUAAAUCUAAUUUAACCUACCACCUAUUCCUGUGCCUUAGCCCUGCUCUGCUUGUCGAAAACGGGAAAUUCCUUCUCUCCGCCAAAAGGACCAGGAGAACUACUUGCACAGAAUAUGUUAUCUCCAUGCAUGCUGAGAACAUAUCGAGAUCAAGCACUAACUAUAUUGGAAAACUGAGGUCUAAUUUCCUCGGUACAAAAUUUGUAAUAUAUGAUACACAACCUCCAUACAGUGGAGCCACGGUUUCUGAACCAGGCAAAACAAGCCGUAGAUUUUACUCCAAGAAAGUCUCUCCAAAGGUCCCUACAGGUAGCUACAGUAUAGCACAGGUGAUGUAUGAGCUGAAUGUUCUAGGCACACGUGGACCACGACGGAUGCAGUGCACAAUGCAUUCCAUCCCUGCAGCUUCCCUAGACAUUGGUGGUACUGUCCCUGGCCAACCUGAGCUCCUGUCCAGGCCCCUUGAGGAUUCAUUUCGGAGCGUCUCCUUCUCAAAAUCCGUUGAUAGCUCAAUAGAGUUUAGCAGUUCUAGAUUUUCAGACAUCAACGGAUCUCGAGGCGAAAUUGAAGAAGGCAAAGAAAGGUCAUUGGUACUAAGGAACAAAUCUCCGAGAUGGCAUGAACAGUUACAAUGCUGGUGCUUGAACUUUCGUGGUCGGGUGACGGUUGCAUCUGUUAAGAACUUCCAGUUAAUUGCUGCUCCAGUGCCGGUUGCUGCAGGCGCACCCACACCAUCUCAACCAGUUCCUCAACCAGAUCACGACAAGGUCAUUUUACAGUUUGGAAAGGUUGGAAAGGACAUGUUCACAAUGGAUUACCGUUACCCCUUGUCAGCAUUUCAAGCUUUUGCGAUAUGUUUGAGUAGCUUCGACACCAAAUUGGCUUGUGAAUAGAAGAAAAGCAUGAAACAAAGAAGUGGUAAACAUUCAGAGAACUUUUUAUUCUUCUGAAUAUACAUAAUGAAUGCCGCUCUAAAAUUAUUUUAGAAACAACAUUAUCCCUGUAUCACUCGGUUUAAACAUAUUUGGAAAUGCUUGUAUGGAGAACAUUUUCAAUUUUUAGGUGUUUAAAAAGGUAACAUAGACAGAAUAUUUCACAAGGAGAGCUUCAUUGCUGCUAGUAAAAAACCAUACCAAGGCUUCGUUUUUGUUAUCUUUUCUUUCUUCUUUGUUGUAAAAUAAAUAAAAGGAAUAUUUGGUUUAGGAUGCUGCUACUUGUUAUGCACACCUUUUUUUUUUUUUUUUUAAAUCUUUAUGUUGUACUAGUUUAUUGGGAAGAAUGGUGUGAAUAACAUAAGUUUCACAACUGAUGUAUCCCGACUUGCAUGUAAUUCUUGCUUUGUUGAUCUGUUUGUUAAAA